UGAGUGAGAUUUCAUUUUAGAAGUGCAAUCAACUGUUUCUCAAGCAGCUUUCGUCUCAAGAUUAGCUUUAGUAGGUGAGGGAGGCAUGGCGUUCAAAGAUCCCCUCCUGAACGCCGUUUCCAAUUUAGCCCGACGUCGUGGGUUUAUUUUUCCAACAUCCCAUCAUUACGGAGGAGUUGAAGGGCGAUACGAGUAUGGGCCUUUGGGAACUUUAUUGAAACAGAAUAUUGCCAAAGAAUGGUGGCGUGCGACCGUCACGGACAAGGAGAACGGGUUUGCGAUCGACUCUUCUGUUGUGCAGCACCCGCAAGUUUGGGAAACGUCCGGCCACUCCAAGGUGUUCGGCGACAGGUGGACCCGGGAUCUGUUGACUGGGGAGCAAUUCAAGUUGACGAAGGGGGAGAAGGUGAAACAUCUCCAAUCAGAUCUUGUCAUCAAAGCACCGAGCAAGAAGGAAGCGCAGAAAUGGCGAAAUAUAAUCAAGCAGGAGCUGGCGCCCAAUGCUCGGACCUUCACCCAGGGAACUGAUAUCACCAUGAGAGUGGAGUCUGUGACCGACAGUCACAUCAUCCUGGCGGGAAAUGACGGACCAGUUCAUGUGGUGCACCACGGUUACCUGGCGCCAGGCUCACGGUCACCGUUCCUUCACGAGCCUCGAAUGCAAGGGGGACUGUCCUACUGUGGAGACACCUCGCCUGAAGAGAUGGCGGAGGACUUUGUCAAGAUCGUUGAAGACAACUCGGGUGCAUCUCGGGCGACGUUGAAACAGUUGUUCACGGACAAGUACAAGGAGCGUAAUCGCCCGCUCCGACCAGAGCUCGCCCAAGCGGCUUUUCAACAGUUAAAUUUCGUAUGCAACAGUAUUGACAAGCGAUUUCCUUUCUCCCUGGCGCAGAUCGGCAAAGCAUUUCGCAAUGAGUUGUCAUGUGGACCAUUCAUUUACAGGCUAAAAGAGUUUGAGCAAAUGGAGUGCUAUCAUUUCCUGGAGACUGAGAACAGUGAGCGUCACGCUCUGGACUUGAGUAUCGACCGCCUAAGCUGGUGGAGAUCGCUUGCACGGAAACGUUCCAAUUUCAAAUCGGUGGAAUUGGACAAGGACGACCUUGCUCAUUAUGCGACGAAUGCGGUGGAUAUCGAGUAUGAAUUUCCUUGGGGCUCUGAAGAAGUGGAGAGCAUCGCGAAUCGCACAGACUACGACAUCCGAGCGCACGGGGAGGCAUACGAUAACACGUUCCAUCAUCAUGACGGCACAAGAUCCUUCGUUCCCCAUUGUGUGGAGUCCUCCGCCGGCCUUGAUAGAGCGGUCAUGGCUUAUCUGUGUGACGCGUAUGACCAGCGAAAUGCGGCAUCAGAUACGACGCGUACGGUCAGACCGGUCUUGAGCCUCCACAAGCGGAUAGCGCCAGUCAAGGUCGCCGUCUUCCCCAUUGUUCACAACAAGCCUGAACUUGUACAGAUUGCCAGGGUGCUGGCCAAGGAAUUCCGCGCAGCCGGUCUCUACACGAUGUACAGUGAAGUUAACAGCAUUGGCAAACGCUACGUGGAUCACGAUGAGAUGGGCACUCCGUACUGCAUUACCAUCGACUCUGACACCAUUGAGAAGGGUACUGUGACAGUGCGCUCACGCAAUACUAUGGUCCAGGAGCCAAUGCUAGUAACGGACGUAGUUGGUGCUCUGGUGACGUUUUACAGUCGCGAUGAUUUGAGCGCCAGCUGAAUAGCAGAUACAUAGCAAGCAGGUGGCAGCUCGUUCGCAGAACAACUACCAGCACAAUACCAGUCAGUGUAGGCGGAAGCACUCAUUCUUUUGUUUGCAAGUGCCGUCCACAUCCUACGAAUUUAUGCCAGCCGCAAUGGGAGCUUGGCAUGUAACUCCAGGACGAUUUUCACAUCGCAGCUGCCAAGCCGAGACUCUCAAAUCGCCAUGUGAUUGUGGCUGGAUGAACACAGUGUAACUUAUUCUGCCCCAGGCCAAGAUUUUCCAUUCUUCUUGAAGUCGUGGCUGAGUGGAUACAGUGGUGAGAAUCUAAGUAUUCGGCCCCGGGUGAAGACUAUCAAGUAACAUUGUAGUGCCUGGGUGAAUACGGUGUAUUCUUCCCCAGGCUAAAGACUCUGCAGUCGACUUGUUGUGGCCGGGUGAAUACGGUGCAUUCGACCCCAGGUGCCAUUCAGUCGCCUUGUGGCUGUUGCUCACUGAAUACUGUGUAUUGGGCAUCUGAUCCCAACGCUUUACUAAGUCCAGCCCGUUGACGACGAAGUCACGUAGAGCCCUGUUAGCGCUCUGCAGAACUCUAGCUUAGCUUCAACUUUACAAUCAUUGUGAUGUUUUGGGAAUAGUGUGUUGCUCCCUACGUGGGGAAUCACUCGUUUCCUGCCUCUCUUCACAUUGUGAUAUUUGCGUGCGAAAUUGCCUGGUGCUGGCUCGUCAGGCAUGCACAUAUUCUUUUUUUUCAUUGCUGGUAUUUUUUCUUUUCUUUUUUGUUAGUCUGAUGUGAUGGACUGAUUUGCUAGAGCCUUCGA